AGAAGGUGCCGUCAGCUGCGAACAUCCAGGUCCACACCGGGGACUACGAUGGAUCUACCCACGGGGCUCUGCAAACUUUCCGCCGCCUGUACGACGAGCAGGGCGUGCGUCUGUUCGUGGGUCCCGACACCAGCAGCCAUGCGGUCCAUGUGGCGGAGUGGGCGAUGGUGAACGCACCGGACGCGGUCUUCAUUUCUCCACGAGCAUCAUCCGAACGACUGGCCAACGCCACGAACACCAUACGACUCAGCAUGGGCGACCAUGCUCUUGCUUUGGCUUUGUACCUGAAGAUGCAAAGCGAUAACGUGUCCGUCGUCAUCCCGGUGCACAUCGAGGACAUCUACUCUACGGGCCUGGUGCAGAGGAUUCGCGACCUGGCAGACGAUAAGAUGGACGACAUUGCAGUCACUACCAGUAUCAGCUACGCGCCGGGGACAAUCACCAACAAGGAAGAGGCGCAGAGGCUGACUGAAGAACUUCGCAACGCUCUCAGGGACAACCCAAAGGCUGUCGUCCUACUUGUGUCGUAUUCUGAAGCCAAGCACAUCCUGGAAGCAGCUAACGGUGACAGCACUUUGUUGGGCCGUAUGUGGUACACCGGGGACUCCUUGGCUCUCCGAGAGGACAUUCUGAGUUCUGAAGACGCGAAGCAGUCUGCACAAACGGUAAGCCUGUACGGACUGGCCUACGCCGGGGAGGAGCUCCACAGCAAACGGAGGAUGCGCAAGAUGCAGAAGCUUGCUGAUCGCCUGAAACGCUCGCCUCCUGUGUUUGCUCCACUGGCUUAUGACGCAGUCAACCUGAUCUACGACACGUGUCAGGUAACCCGGACAACCGAUGCUCAGGUGGUUCUUGCACACCUUACUCGCGAGGCAGAAUGGCAGAACGGACUGUCCGGCAGGCUGGCAAUCGACUCCAAAGGUAGUCGCGCGUUCGGAGAUUACCUUCACUCGUUCGUCGCUCCACAGAUUCCAGACAUCGGAAAGGUUACCGUCGCCAUGACAGGGUCCUGGAUUCUGGACGGACUGUCGCAGGUAUCUCACAUGGACGACGAGUCUGACCAGGAUGGCGGCGGUAGGCGUAGGAGGGAAGUAGCGUCCUCUGACAUGAUGUCAUCUGUGGCGUCCACUGCCAUGUCGUCUGCCUCAGUCUUCAACAAGUCUGAUGUCAUGGCACUGAAAGCACUGGCUGGAAACGACUGUCACAACUCGAAGUUCUCCAUCACUGCUACGGAUCCAGCAACAUACAUGCAGGUGCAACAUGACUUCACGGACGCCACGUUCCCGGAGAUGUUCAUAGUUUCGACUGCCUAUGGCUACAGCCUGCAAAUGAGCUGUGACAAGCCGGAAGGGCCCGUGGUGUUGGACCUCCUCUGCCCGCCAAGCACCAACCCUAAAGACGACAUGGCCUGUGUGCAAACCGUCACCCAUCCUGUUACCGAUCAGGGCGGCCGUCGCCGCCUACUAGUGUCCCCACGUGAAGCACAGGAAAGCCGUUCAGCACACUGUGUUGGCAACGUUCUUGGGUGUAGUCUUUGCUUCGGAGUCUUUUCGUUUUUCCUAGGUCCGUUUGGAGCUUUCUGCGCUAUACCUUGUGCAGCCGGUGUUGGAGGCAUCUGUGGUUAUGCUGCCGCACGUGGAAGUGGCAAGAUCAUCUGCACUGAACUUUUUGCCCAAGGCCACCUGGAUGCGCAUACGUACCUGGCUGAUGCCGCCUUUGGUCGCCAGCUGGCUGCCGAGUCCCCACACGUGAUGGAAGGGUACCACACCCUGGCCACCCCCAUCGUCUGGCUCAUGCAGCGGUCUGACACAGCGACAGACAUCGUCAAGGUGAAGCAUUUUGGAUUCUUAUGUUUCUGCCUUCUCCUUAAACAUACAGUAAAUUCUAACACGCACCGGCUGCAUGUAUGUACAACUGGUUGACACAUUGAAGAUUUU